CAUACUGGCGGGUUUGUUGCAAAAGAAAAGAGUCUUUAGCAUUAAUCAGUCUAUCGCGAAUUCAUCGAGUUCAUUUGUAUUAAUUAGAGUGCAGAUCACGGUCAAUUUCUAAAAGUUGGGUUGUUGACCACCAGUGACAGAAAUUCAGCAAGAAAAUCGGCGGCUUUCCCGAAUAUAUUUGAAGAUGGAGGAGAUGGAGGUGGAUUUGCACAUCGAAAUCUCUGAAUCUGACAGCAGCACAGAGGUGGAUGAAGAUGAGGAAGAGGAGGAUGAUGUUGCCAUGCAGACUGCAAGUCCCUUUGAUCGCCUUAGGCGUCUGGCCUCUCGGGUGGGCAGGAGGAGACAGGCAACUGGUUUGCGUUUCCACAGCUUUCCAGUGGAAGAAAGAAUGCAGAUUUUACAGAGAAGUUUACAGGCUCUGGAAGAGCAUGACAGGAACCGUGUAGACAACACAAAUCCACAACCAGUGCAGUCUACGCCCAAUUCCAGCCACACCGCUGCUGUGAUCCCGACAAUGUCAGAAGAGUCCACAACAACAGAACCCAGUCUUCCAGCAGAGGCUGAGGGGAUGGGGGCUGUAGCUCAGCCAGUAACACAGAUGGAACAUCCAACCCCAGAGACUGAGGUUGUCUCAGAGGCUGUAGAGGACACUGCAGCUGCUGCACCUACUGCUACACAGGAGGAAGCAGAUGAUGGGGAGGGGGAGACCUGCUCCAUCUGUUUUGAGCCGUGGACCACAGCAGGUGACCACCGCCUGGCUGCUCUUCGCUGCGGACACCUAUUUGGCCACAUCUGCAUCAAGCGCUGGUUGAUAAGUGGGGGGAAAAAAUGUCCACAGUGUAAUAAACCAGCAAAACGUGAUCAUAUCAUCUUACUUUAUGCACGGAAACUGCAAGCACUGGACAACUCUGAGGUGGAGCAACUGAAGAGAUCUUUAGAAAAAGAGCAGGGUUUGCGCAGAAAGUAUGAACUGGAAGCUGCUCAGUGUCGUCUACAGGUGCAGAUCAUGACAGACGAAAGCAUAAAACUACGUAGAGAGGCCGAGGAGUUUAGGAGGUGGAAAGCUCAGGUGGCCUCUAGUUCCUCUCAGGGAGCUGGUCUCUCUCAGUCUCAGAGGCAGGACUCCUCCAGUGGGGGGCAUUAUGUGUUCUCAAAGGCUGUUCUGAUUUCUCAAGCAGGAGGCAGUAGGGUUUUGUCUUACUGUGAGCCUCUUGGCUGCCUGCUUGCAUCCCAGCCCUCCCCACAUGCAACAUUAGUACCAGGCUUUGGGGUGAAGAAGAUCAGCACUGUGAAUCUUAGAGCUAGUCAGUAUGUCCCCAUCCACACCAAACAGAUCAGAGGUCUUGCCUUCAGCCGACAGCAAGACAGCUUACUGCUGUCUGCGGCCCUCGAUAACACAAUCAAGCUCACUAGCUUGAUGACCAACACAGUGGUCCAGGCUUACAACACGGGCAGACCUGUGUGGAGCUGCUGCUGGUGCCGUGACAACAAUAACUACAUUUAUGCCGGUCUUAGCAACGGCUCCGUGUUAGUGUACGACACACGGGACACAAGCACUUUUGUUCAGGAGUUGGCGUCACUUCGCUCCAGCUGUCCAGUGGUAUCUUUGUCCUACAUCCCCCGCGCUGCCUCCAGUUCGUUCCCAUGUGGUGGUCUUAUCGCUGGCACGCUGGAGGGGGGCUGCUUCUGGGAGCAUGUGGAUGGAACCACGUACACGCCUCACAUUCUGCCUCUAGAAUCCGGCAAUUGCACAGACAUACAGGUGGAGCCGGACAGCAGACAUUGCCUUGUCACAUACAGACCAGGUCGUGCAAACCCGUCACUGCGCUCAGUGUUAAUGGAGCUUAGCCGAAGCCCUCAGUCAGACUGCAGCCAGCCUCCUGUCUGCUCAUGUUCCCCAGUCCAGACCUUCAUUGCUGGCUCCUCUGGCAAGCUACUCACCAAGAAUGCUGUCUUUAAAAGUCCAUCUGGGGAAGGCUCUUCUCUAGUGUGUGCUGGAGAUGAGGGGACCAACUCAACCAUGGUAUGGGAUUCUGGCACUGGUGCUCUGCUUCAGAAACUACCAGCAGACCUUCCUGUGCUGGACAUCUGCCCCUUUGAGGUGAACCAGAGCAGCUAUCUGGCCUCUCUCACUGAGAAGAUGCUAAAGGUCUAUAAAUGGGAGUGACAUUUAAGAAUGCUGCUCGCAGUAUUUACCACGCACUAUAACAGCUGCUGUAUUUGUAUUGACUCGAGUUAAAUUUCAUAUUCAAUACUUUAUAUUUUGUGUAUUAUGUUUGGUUUAUAUGUUUGGUUUUCUCAUUUGGUAUUCUAUCUCUAUUAAAGUGCAAAUAAGUAGU